CGCCAAUCUCUCCAGCCAAUUCUUCAAUUCGUUAGAAGAUGCUGCUGAGAAGGCCAGUCGAUGUAUUCCGAAGAUGUGUGCAACCGUGGAUGCCGAUUUGUAACGUCACGCACCCGGCAUCCUGGCGCUCAAUAUUCCCGUCUACGCAAAUUGCGUCCAUGGUUUCUGUUUCAGGCUUCAAAAUAGGAUGUAAUCCACAUACUUCAACUCAUGUGCUCUUUGGAAGCCGGCAAGAAUGCGUUGCAGAAGUCCAGAUGUGGCGCAAACCAUACACAUCGAUUCAGGAGGUCUUCGAAUGUUCGGGAAAGUCGGCGACAAGUCCAAAGCCUGAACACGUCUCCGUGAUCUUCUGGGAAGACGACGAACCAGCAGACGUGGCAUGGACUUUUCCGAUCCGGGACGGGGAGGAUGUGCUAAAUACUUUGACGAGGUACGUCGGGACCAUGAGACGCGACGCAGGCGAUGAGUAUACGGACGCGUUUCAGCGGUUUGUCGCUGGGCUGGUUGUGAAGAGGCUAUCUCUCGACCAAUAUGAGAAGAUUCUGAGGAAUGCUGUAUGCGGUAAAAGCAACGACACGCAUUCGGAAUAUCCAAAGCGGAACCCCAAGACUGCCGUCGAUUCCACCAAGAGACUGCCUGGAAAGGCAAGAGACGAAGAGAUAAAACUGUGCUUCCGGGAAGGAGUUGAAGCACCAGAUGAGAUGCAAUAAAAAGGGACCGUGGUCUGAUGGUGA